AUGAAAGAAAUGUUUCUUUGGCGAAUUUGGUUGGAACGACUUUUCUUGCAUUGUAUUUUCGAAGAAAAAAUUGUUUGUGAGAAUGUCAUCUUCAAUCCAAUAAUGAUACUGGUAAUGUUCAAUAACGCAAUCCCGCUGGUUUCAUUAAAAAUGAAUUAUUGUGAGAGUGGUACAUGCGCCGAUGGUGGCCAGUUUAGUUUUCGAAUGUUUCCAAACUUUAUGGAGGAUAUGGAGAAGGAGAAUGCUUCGCAAAAUUUUCCGUGGCUUCACUAUGCGAAAUUUGCUCAGUUGUCGUGUUGGAUCUUCUUGCAAGAUGUGGAUGCUUCUGGUUUGGUUAAGGAACUCAAUUUUUGCUUUAUUUCAACUUUUGGAUAUCGUAAUCGUUUGCCGAUGAGUUAGGCAUUUUAUUUGUCUGUAAUAGGAUUAAAUUUUUUGUGUGAUAAAAUUGUUGCUUUUUAAAAAUUUUUAAUGUUUUUUUUAACUUGUUGCUGUUGCAAUUUAUUUUUUUAAAUAUUUU